AUGCGUAAACCACAUAAAUGCUGUGACGGGUUUUUGUGGGACGCAAAAAGGAAGAUUUGCUCUGAGUGUAAUAUAGGUUACUAUGGUCCCGCUUGUUCGAUACCCUGUCCAUUUGGAACUUUUGGAAGAAAGUGCCAGUCAUUAUGUAAACAAAAGUGCAACAACGAUACUUGCAAUCAUAUUCACGGUUGUAAGUUAGAGAACGACACUACAGGAUACUCUACAGAAGGUUUCGUAAAGACUCCAACUAUGUCAAUCAACUCAUUCAUGUCUUUUGGUCUUUUGUCGCUUGCUUUAUUUUCCACAAUGCUUUUUCUCGUUUACAUCGGCUUGAAGAUCUUUCCAAAACUCAGGAAAGCAGACAGUCCUUCAAAAAUUGAAAUGUUGGACUUAGAAAAUGGUCGAGGUAACACUUGUGAGAAAAAAUGAAAUCUAGUGCACACACA